AUGGCGUCGUCGUCGGCGCCCCGCGCGUCGUUCGUCGUCAUCGCGGGUCGACACAAGGGAGGCAAGCGCGCGUCCUCCUCGUCGUCCAAGCGCGGCGCUAAGGGUCGACCGGAGGGCGUCGCCACCGACCUGAAGCCAUCCUCCGUGGCUGGGGUGACGGAGGACCACGCGUUCGAGCAGUUCUUCUACGACGACGCCACGCAGGAUCGAAUCAUGCGCCUGGUGCAGAACCACGAGCGCCCGCUGUUCCUCUGCAACCCCUCGCUCGCGGUGCGCGCCGAGCGCGCCGGCAUGGACUACCUCCUCCUGGACCGCGACCCGCGAUGGAAGAAAGUCCUGCCUAAAGGUCGAUUCCGACAGUUUGAGCUGUCGUCGCCGCGGCAGAUGCGGUUCCAGUACGACGCCGUGUUCGUGGACCCGCCAUUCGCGAACGUCCAGCUCCACGACCUGCGUCGCACCGUGGACUUGCUCGCGUCGAACGCGACGCAGGCGGCGGCGCCGGUGUACCUGGCGUUCAUCAGCGACAGGGAAGACGCCGUGCUGGCGGCGUUCGACGGGUACGGGUUGGAACGCAAGGGUCCCGCGCUGGGGUACGCCUCCGUGAAGCAGUCGACGCAGGAACGCAUAUACCUGUACGGGCCUCGCGCGGACUGGAACCCCGACGGCGCGUGCUAG